UGAGCUGCAGGAGCAGCCGAGCCCGGGGCUGUGCACUGCUCCAGGACGGUCUCCACCUCUUCUGGCAAGUUAGACCUAAGAGUGCGCAGCUCAGCUCUCCAGGAUCCCCAGUCCACAAGCAGCGGCGCAGCCCAGGCGAGGGGCACAGGACCCAGCCCGCCCCAGCCCACGGCUGGCUGAGGGAGACUCCUUUCAGUGCCUCAUCCUCCAGUGAGCCCCGAAGGGAUGCCUGCAGCCAUGCUCCCCUGCGCAUGCGUCCUGGUGCUCUUGAGAGCUAACAUCAUAGAAACAGCUGGUAUUACAGGAGAUGGCCAUCUACACUGGGAACCCGAAUGUCAGCAGCCAGUGCCCAAUGGUAUGCCUAUCACUACUGUCCUGCCCCCACACAUCAGUGGGCCCUGGAUCUCCACUGGCUGUGAGGUACGUCCGGGACCAGAAUUCCUCACCCGCUCCUACACCUUCUAUUCCAACCGUCUCUUCCGAGCCUACCAGUUCUACUACAGGGACCCCUCCUGCCAGGAGCCUGCCCACUCACUGCUCAUCAAGGGCAAAGUCCGUCUGCGCCGGGCCUCCUGGAUCACCCAGGGUGCCACCGAGGCUGACUACCAUCUUCACAAGGUGGGCAUAGUCUUCCACAGCCACCAUGCCCUGCUUGACAUUGCCAGGCGCCUCAACCAGACCCAGACUGGCCAGGACUGUACAGGACGGCUGCCCCUAGACCGGGCCUGGCUGCCAGGGACACUGUAUGAGCUGCUGAGUUCCCAGGUACCAGGUGACUGCCUGGCCGCACUGGGCUUCAGCAUGAAUGAACUCAGUCUGCUGCGCCUGCAGCAUCACAUGCAACAACAGCCUGGGGCAGCACCCCAUCUAGUCAAGGAGCUGUUCCUUGGGGAUGUCCACACCGACUGGACAGAGAGGCAGCACUACCGUCCCACUGGCUACCAGCGCCCCCUGCAAAGUGUUCUGCACCACACUUGGCCCUGCCUGGCCUGCAGCCUCAUUGCCUGCUCUGAUGAGCACCAUCCACCUGUGCUGCCCCCCGGGCCAUCCCUGCCACUGCACCUGGGUGGCCACUGGGUCAGCAUGGGCUGCGAGGCCAGGCCUGCUGUGCUGUUCCUCACCCGGCUCUUCACCUUCGAUGACCACAGACGCUCCUGGGAAGGACACUACCACCAUUUCUCGGAUCCCGCUUGCCGCCAGCCCACCUUCACCGUGUCUGCCGCCGGCCACUACUCCAGAGGCGCCCCAUCCCCACGGGUUCACGGUGGAACUGAGCUGACGUUUGAGGUUACACGGGCCCACGUGACCCCCAUGGACCAGGUUACUACAGCCAUACUCAACUUCUCCAAGCCAAGCAGCUGUGGAGGCGCAGGGGUCUGGUCAGUAGGCACUGAGAGGGACGUCACAGCCACCAACGGGUGCCUACCACUGGGCAUCAGGCUCCCACAUAUAGAGUAUGAGCUGUUCAAAAUGGAACAAGAUCCCCGUGGGCAGAGCCUGCUCUUCAUUGGGCAGAGGCCCACAGAUGGGUCCAGUCCAGACACUCCUGAGAAACGCCCCACCUCCUUCCAGGCACCCCUGGUGCUCUGCAAGAGGCAGGCCCAAGGGGUCUCUAGUCCCUCACUGCACAGGCCUCCAAUGCAGAAUCCCCCCAUUGGGUGGGCACCGUAUCUUCCUGCCAUCCCUCUCCCCAUACUCCUCCUCGUUCAAGGACUGGCCCCCUUUGAAUGGCUAUGACAUCAGUCUUUGACUUCCAGGUGGCCCCUUGGACACUGUGUGGCCCUGCAGAUGCCUACCUGGCUCUGUGCUGUCUUCCCAUCAUGGGAAGAAAACAGCCCUUCUCUACUGCUCUGUCUUGGAUGGACGUCGGCCCUGCUGCCUUUGGUUCAGCCUGUAUCCCACAGGGCUCAACAGCACUCACUGCAAGGCCAGGGGUCCCAGACCACAGGCCUGGAUGAUGUGGCCGCAAAAUGUGUUGUUUCUAAAAUGCUCCUGCUGGUUUUAAUCAUUGUGGUUGGUGUUGAUAUACUCGCUCUUCCUUGCCUGGGGUGUUGAGACAGAGAGGACAUCCUAUGAUGGUGCCCAAGGAUGCUUCCUGCCGCCUGGCCAGGUUCUGGGUUGUGGUGUAGAGAUCAUUAAUUUGAAUUUAGCAAUACAAACUCAGCCAGGGCAUGAAUUAAAGAUGCCGCUUGGGGCUUUCAGUACUUCUCAGCUCUCUGGCAGAGGGCUUGUCUCUCUGGGGGCAGUCGGCUUUCUUGAGUUCUGCCUGUUGGCAUCUUUGGGCAUCUGCUUGUGCUUCUGUAAGUCAGACCUCAAGCUGGCAACACAGCACAUGGAUAAAUCCGGUCCUCCAGGGCCACAGAGCACGGAAAGAGGGCUCGAUCUGAGCUGAGACCUUGGCCUUUCCCCUCAGGCUGUGGCCUCUAAGUCUCCCACACCCACGCAGAGUGCCCGCAAGCUCAGGGCUAGCCAAGCGGGGCGCAGUCCACGGAGGAAAGUGCAUUUCUGCCUUUGGAAACUAAUUAAUACUAAUGAUAGCUACAGCACGAUGUGCUCUGUAAUUAGCCCCGGAUAUUCUUCCAGAAUCCGCUGCUGUCAACAGACCAGGAUGGGGAGGCCAGGGCCAGCAGGCUACAUAGCAACAUCUGGAGGCAGGACCCAGCAAGCCUGGCCUCCCCAAGUCCCCACACUGUGACGCUAAUAUGUCGAGUUCUCAUCUGCUCAGGGGGGCUGUCAUCACGGUAGGGACCCUGCUCCUAGGCCCAGGGCUUCAUCUGCACACUGAGAGAUUAACUGGUAUCCUGAUGAGCUCAAGGGUUUUCAGGACUGUGAGCAACUUGUUCCAAGCCCCUUCCUCCCCCUCCCACAGUGCCUCUUAUCACAGAUCUUGAACAAUCCUAUAUGAAGCUAAUGAUGCAUACAGAGGAAAGCCCUUGGCCUCCCUGAGACUGUGUGGGGUUCAAUCAGUCCGAGGAGAUUGCUCUAACUUAUUAUCUAUUCUUCUCAAAAAAAAAAAAAAGGACCAAGUUAAUAUUCUCUGUGGGUCUCAGACAGCUACCAGUGUUCCUGGCAUAUUUACCAAAGUACAAGAAAUAAUUAGAUUAUUUACAGUCUCGGACUACAUGGCAGUGGGGAGGGAGGUUAACAUGUAGGGAUGACAGUGGGUGUCGAGAACACAGCCAUGGCUGAGCAAGCCUUCUAUCUGAGGCUUGAAGCAACCAUACCGAUGUUCAUCAUCAAAUUUAAAUCUUUUAAUAAAGUUAAACAGCCUGAAAAAUGUUCUCAUUGGUUAUUAAAGUCAACCAACGGGAUUAUAAUUCCGAAGAAAAGACACAUGUGAGGAGAAUAAAGCAGAGCGGUAAACCCAGCCCGUUGCAGAUGCCAAGUGCCCUGCCCCUCAUCCCUCCACUGUGCCCACUGCUCAGAGCGACCCAGCUCUGGCUUAUGGUUGUCUGCAGAGUUCAGCUGGAGCUCCCCACACCCUGGAUGCGCCUGCCUUUCUGGCUUUUGAUCACACCAAGCAGGCUUGCCUGGGGACCUUUGCCACAUGUCCUCCUCCCUCAGGCCAGGAAAGAGCCAAUUCCUUCCUUGAAAAAUGAAAUUUAAGUCUCAGGCUGACUAUCACCUUCUCAGGAAGGCUCACCAUUGGUACGGCCCCAAGGGAUCAUCUCCCUUUCUUCUGUCCACCAUGGUCGCCUGCUGACCAGGGUUUGAAAGGCUUUCAUUUAUUCACGUUUGUCCUCUGGCUCCUCUCAAGAAUGUAAGCUCCCUGGGAAAGGACAGGGCCCGUCUCUGCAUCUUCCCCAUGGGGUCCAAAGUGCCUGGCGCCUGAUGGAAAGGGCCUCAGCACACAGAUGACUCUCAAGAAACUGGUGAAGGCCACAGGCCACUGUGGCAUCCCUGGGUGG